UAAAAUGUGAAACCGUCGCGAUAUAACCGUUCUUUGAUGAUGCGUGCCGCGUUAAAUUCGUUUAAAACAGUUUUAAGAAAAGAAGAAGUAAGAAGGUAGCCGGAGAAAAAGAGAAGUGUGGGUAAUUAGUCGAGAUAUUGGCGCCCCGUUAAGUUUCGUUUCGUUUCGUUAUGCAUCUCAUGGAAGAAACCAACGAAGAAGAAGGAGAGAUCGUAUAAAACCGGCGAGGACGUGAAGAAGCUGUAUCAGUAACUCUUGUCUACGUUAAAAAAAGUUUGUUAAACAACAAUAACAAAAAAAAUAAAUUAUUAAAUUGUAUUAGUUGUAUGAGGAAAUCGUAAAGAUGUGGAAACCGAUUUUACUUACACUUUUAAUCGUGGGAAUAGCCCAAAGUUUAAGUAGUGAAGAUCGAUUUUUAAAGAAAUACGCUUUGAUUAAGAUUUUUGAAAGUUGUUUUGGACAAGAAGUAGUUAAAGAUAUCCGAAAAGAAUUAAAAGCUGCGUGUGCGAAAUGCGCAGCUUCGCCACCGAUUAAAACAUCACCCUUAGAUUCUUCUUCAACUAUAAAACCAACGAGUGGGACGAAAAAUCAAAUUAAUCAUAAAGUAAAUGAAAAUUCUGAAAAUGCCAUGCAAAAUGCCAUGUUUGCGAAUCAACAAAGUUUUCCAACUGAACGACUUCAUCAAGCUAUUUUAGCUUUUAGACCAAAUUCUUUUCCACAACCAGCGUUUAGACCAUAUCCUGGAUCGCAAGCUUCUUAUUACCAAGCUUUUGCAAACCCAGCUCAAAUGUUUUACGCGGGAAAUUAUCAACCAUUUCCCACAGCUUAUCCAGCAGCACCUUUUAAUUAUCCUUAUAACCCUUAUCUUGACACUACCAGAAUGUCGAGACACAUCGAUUUUAAAAGUCAAUUAGAAACGCUUUCAUCAAAAAUGAACCCAAAAGUAAGCAACGUAACAUGUGUAAUGCAAGAAUUGGGUUAUUUGGAUGAAAAUCUUGAACCGAAUUACGACAAAAUCAUUAAACGGAUCGAAAAUUUACCAGUUCCUAAAGAAUUAAGGCAAGAUAUUCAUGAUGGAAUAACUUAUUGUCAACAAUUUUCGCAAUGCAUUCCUGAACCCAAAAACACCGCCUCACCACUUUCAAGAGAACUCAGCAAACCAAUGCUUUUCUUCAAAUGUUACAAAUACAAAAAAUUAGAAGCUUGCGUUAUGAAAGACGUCCGCGAAAAAAUCACCAAUUUAAACGACGACGAUGAUUUAGACGGAGAUAACUCGAAACGGGAAGGAAAAAAAUUAAAAUUAGAUGAAGACGAUGGCGAGAUUUCGUCGAAUUUGUACGAUUUUUUGUAUGGAAUUGAUGGAGAAAUCGAUUUUAGCAAUAUUUUUUAAAUUAACUUAUUUAUUCUUUAAGUUUUUGUUUUAAAUACUUGAAUUUCAACAAUGGAUUUAAUUGUAUUGUUGAAAUUUGACUGAUUGUAUAAAAUAAUUUUGUUUGGAUUGGGUUUAAGAAGUAAUUCAUUUAACGAAUGUAUAUUGAUUUAUUAUUAAUUAUUGUCUGAUUCCAAUAAGUAUUAUUAUAACUUGUUUCUAGAUUUUAAAUACCAACGAAAUUAUAUAGUUAAAAAAUAAAAUUAUUAACAUUUAAAUGUAUAUCAUUUCAUUUUUGUCACACAUUCUUAUACAUAGAUAUUUUUUAAAUAAUUAUUAAUAGUUAUAUACAGUAGACUUCCGUUAAUCCGGCAUCCAAUAGGAUUUAGGAUCUUCUUUAAGAUCGUUGGGAUUUGCACGAGUUUGCCAUUUUUUUAUGCAUAGCUUAAUUAUUUAUUUAUUAGCCACAAAAGGUCAUCUUGGUAAUGUACCUGCCCUAUAACUUAUCGUAGAUCAUAGCCAGUCUGGGAGGCGAGUCGUUGACUAUUAAGGCGUUAAGAGGAUGUCCCUAAGGGGGAGUGCUCUCACCUCUUCAAAAUGGAUUCAUGAUUCAGAAAGCCGUAGUACUAACCAGCACUUGGUGUAGAAGCAAUGGACUCGGCAUCAAUCCAAACAAAAUCGAAAUACUCCUUUUCACACCACUUCAUUUAUAUAUACAAAAGGAGGCAACUUUAAGUGCCCUAUCUCUGAAAACAGGCUCUUCACUCAAGCUCAUGCAGGGUAACCUCAGACGACACCUCGAAAUCCUCAAGGAACUAUGUCUAAAUCACUUGAUUGAAAUUAAAA